AUGGCGGCUUCUGUAGAUGCUCAAGAUUUGAAAACCUUACUGGAAGCAAAGGAUACUUUGAUUCGUAACCUGGAAACGUUACUUCAGGCCAGGAACAACGAAAUCCAAGAGCUCCGGUCCCAUUUAGACAUGUUUCAAAGUGUGUUUCCGUUUAGCAACCCAGUGUCACCCACUAGUACGCUGCAUCAUCCUCACCAUGUGGUUGCCGCUCCCGUUCAUCAACAACAAAGCCAAAAUCUCGUUGCUAAAUCUCUUACGUCGCUUCUGGACGGUAUAGCCAGGCCACGUAAACAAAGGGCGCAAGGUAUAUCUGCGGAGCCCCAGAGUCUAAGUACCAUACAAGAACUGAGCCAAAAGAAAUUCCCUACUUAUCCGAAAAACGACAGGUAA